AAGUGAUCUACAAAUGAGGAAAGCAUUACAGUAACAGUGCUGCAAUACAAAACAAAGAAAGAUUCAUGUUAGAUGCAAGGAUAUAUAGACCUUUGUCAGGGUAGAUACCAUGUUUAAUUUGACAAAAAUGAAAAUGAGGCUGUGUAAGAUAGAAGUAUAGUCCUUUCAAAAGGUGGUACUGUCUUUAGGAGUUCUUUAGGAAAUUCUCUAGAAAGAAAAUGUUUUUGUUUUUUUUCUCAAUAAGGUAUUUCUAUCAAUCACAGCCUAACUUUCAUUCAGGUAAAAUUAAAUAUGGUUUGUACCCUGACUAAUGUCUUUAAGACUUCAUACUGUACAAUACAUUAUACAUAAACAAUGAAGACAAAGCAUUUUAUUUCAGACCUGCAUUGCCACACUAGCAGGUCUUUAUAAAUUGGAAGAGUGAAAUAGUGAAAUUAAUGUUUAAACAGCUUCCUGACCCUCCACAUUAGAGUAGUACAGCUCUCAGAAACAGUGUAAACAUUGUCGGCUAAUUAGCCACUGAAACAAAACAAAGGCAUGUUGUGUUUUGCCCUGGUGGUUUUUAGAAGGGAGGUUUGAGGUGGGGUGUGUUUACUUGUGGUGUGGGAGAAGUGGCUUUUUUUCUCGUGUUCACAAUUGAGGUCUAUGAGUAGUAAAGAGUGUUUGGAAUUCUCACUGUUCAACAAUUGCAAGUCAGCCAGAGCCUCAAACGCUACCAUAGUGACAGCCGUGGACAGAUGUCACAGCAGUAAAGAGAAAAGAGCGGUAACUUCAAUGAUUAUUAGUUUGUUUAGGUCUGUUAACCAUAUAUGGGCAAACAUGGUCAAAAGAGCAUUAAAGACCACACACAACAAAUAAAAUUAUCAUUUUGUAUAUUUUUCAUUAGAGCUGUUUUGCCAUUGUCAGGUAAUCGUUACUAUUUACAGUCUGACUACAAGUGUUUAUCUGAGGAAAACUGUAUUUGUUCCAUAUGGCUGUGUCCAUGUUUGUGUUUGUACAUGUGAGUGCAGCCUACAGCUAGUGAGUCCAUAUGUUUUCUUAACUUAUGUACAAAGCCAUAUGCUCCUGUAUCAUUCAGUGUUCACAAAACAGCCAAACAGGCUAUAAUUAAAACAUUACAUAAGACUGACAGUGUAAAAAACAUUCUGAAAACUUGAUGACCAACCCAGUAGUGUUAAGCAAGAGGUGAUGUUUAAACAUGUUGUUAAAAUUAUAUCAUUACAGUAUUUGAUAAUUAUUAUUAAUUAACCCUUACAUGCAUGGAAAUUUCACCAAACAAUCUUACAUAUUUGGGUCUUUAGAGACCUGACACUUAUAUCUAUCACAAAUGGAUUUACAAAAUGAUCUGCAAAAGUGUAAAAUUUUCAAAAUAUUUUGAAGGCAAUUAGAAAAUAAUAGAAUAAAAUAUAUUUUGAUGUUUUAUUUUUCAUAUAUCAAAGAGAAAAUGCAACAAAUCAGGACAAAUCUAGAACAGGAUUCAUUACUUUCACACUGAAAUUUCAUGAGAUGCAAAAAAGACUACACAACUCCUAAAAAAUGGACAAGGUACGUGGAAUGAGGUCCCGGCCCAGGUCUCUAAAGACCCAGAGUAUGCGUUUAACGGUUAAUGUAUGUAUUGAUAACCCUGUUUUUUUUUUUAUUUUUUUUUUUUUAUCAAUGAAUUCAUUUACAGUUUCAUAGUAAAACAAAAUUAUAAUUAAGGGGAAAUUUCACCGUAAACAUUUCCAUUCUUAAGUCAUCGUUUACUUAUCAUUUAAAGGGUAUGUUCAGUGCAUCUUUUCCACGCACAAUUAAAGUUAAGGGUAACCAAGGCUAAUAUUUUGCUUAACAUCUCCUUUUGUGUUCCACUGAAGAAAGAAAGUAAUUUCAGGUUUUUGAACAUGAGGGUCAGUAAACAAUGAUAGAAUUUUCAUUUUUGGUGAACUAUCCCAUUAAUAUUCAUUCGUUUUAUCCAUAUUUAACUCUUUCCAUUGAUAUUGUUCUUCAACUGUGUGGGUCAGGUCUCAGAAAUUGCCACCUUCGUGUGAAUUGUGUUAGGUGGAAUUGUGGGUGGGUGGAUCUAUGUAAAUGAAGUAGUCCAGUGUUUUAUGAGGUGGCCAAGACUCUCAGCCCCAGCAGUCUUCUGGAAUCUUCUCAGCAUCACCCUUUCUGACACCAGAACUUUUUUCUGUGCAUUUACAGAGAGCUAAUAUAUGCCAUUUUAAUCUGCAAGCUUUUCUUUUAAUUUCUAAGACCGAGUAAGUGGGCAGAUGUGACAUAUCUACAGAUAGUUUUAAUGGCCUAAUUAAGGUCAUAUGCCAGUUUUUAGAUCUAUUCUCAAUUUUUCUGCCAAUAGAGGGUUUACCCUCUUUUACUUAAUUUUCAGUCUUGAUAACAUCACAUUAUUGGAAGAUGAGGGUGCAGUGUUUUCUCCAAUUCUGGAUUCUCCUGAGUGCUGUUGUGACUGUGACAGCUUUUCACCCUCAACCCAACCAAUUUAGCCUCUACUCUGGACCCCCACCACAAUACGGCUCCCCAAAACCAGCUGCCAGGCAUAAGAACCACUGUGCAUAUGUUGUGGAGAAGACUGUCUCAUUCACUGUUCAGGGUGGAGCAGCACCCUUUGUGAAGGCAGAGUACAACAAGUGUGCCUGGGGUCAGAAAUGCCCAGCUCUAAACAGGUAUCGCAUGUUCUAUAAGCCCAUGUAUAAAGUGGCAUAUAAGACUCUGACUGAGCUGGAGUGGAAAUGUUGUCCUGGAUAUGGAGGUGUUGGUUGUACUGCAGUCUAUGGAAUGAAAGCAAGGCCCACUUUCAAAGGACCAAUGCCUGCACAGAAGGGUCCUAUGAAAUCUUUUAAAGGGCCAGUGCCUGCACAGAAUGGUCCUAUGCCUACUUUCAAAGGGCCAAUGCCUGUUCAAAAGGGCCCAAUGCCUUCCUUUAAAGGGCCCAUGCCUGUGCAGAAGGGUCCUAUGCCUCCUUUCAAAGGGCCCAUGCCUGCACAGAAGGGUCCUGUGCAUUCUUAUAAAGGGCCCAUGCCUGCACAGAAGGGUCCUAGACCUUCAGUUAAAGGUCCUUAUCCCUCUAAAAAGGGUCCAAUGCCUUAUUUUAAAGAGCAAAUGCCCCAACACAACUAUGAUGUGAACCCCUGGAAUCAACCUCAGGCACCAUCUAAUAGAAUGAAUGGAUACCCAGGCCCUAAUACUGGGCCCACUUUCCGAGACACCUCAUUUGAAGAUUAUCCGGACCGCCAGGGGCCUGAAAUAUAUCGUUCUGAACUAAUGCCAGAACCUGAAAAUCCUGGCCAUGAUCUAAUUCCUGAAGGUCCUGAGCCAAUCACAGACUACCAGGAUCCUCAGCCAGAAAACCAUGGCACUAUACCAGAACGCAGUGAGACAGAGCCUGUUCCCAAUGCACAGACGCACUCUAGUGGUAGUGAAACAAGCCUAGAUCAUGAUGAGAACAGUAUCGAAGAUGAACGACUGGAUAGGUUAGAGGAGGAUGUGCAGAGACUCUCACUUGGUCUUGAGACUCUCCGUGGAACAGUGACAGGCCUGGAGAACAGCUUGCGUGCUUCCCUCCGUGAAGACGCCAAUCGGAUGUUGACUGCACUCAUUUCUGCUGCUCCUAGCCCUAUUGCUGCUCCAUCUCUAUCCAGAGAUUCUUCCGUGGGUUUCGGAGAUCUGCCUGGAGGUGCACCGGAUAUUAAAGGUUCAGAUGUGAUGGGGCAGUUCCCAAACCUGGUUGAUUUAGCUGAAAGGGUAUCAGAGCUGGGAGCGGAGCUAGUUGCAAAGACAUCUGAGCUGGCAGAGUUGAAAGGGGCAGUGUUGGGUCACAACAACACCCUUCAAAGUCUAUCAGAUGGGUCAGGGAACCUGACUCAAGCUGACUUCCAAAAAGUCCUUGAGACACUGGUGGAGUCCAAAAUGAGAGAGGCUCGGGUGGCAAUCCUAGACGGGUUUGAAAAGAGAGUGGAGAGUGCUGAGGAGCGAUGCGAAGGUCGGGUGGCAGAGGUGCGGCUCCAGUGCAAGGACGAACUUUUGAAUGGACAGGAUCAGACUGAGAAAGUCCUAGACAUAAGGGUGACAGGAUUGAGGACAGAACUUCAAAAACUCCAAGCUCAGCUUCAAGGCCUGGAACCUGAAGAGGGUUGCUGCAUUGCAGUGUCUGGUGUAACUGAAAGGGUAGUUUAUCUGGAGAAAUCAGUGGGUGGCUUGAAUGAAUCCCAAAUACACCUCAGUGCCGAACUUGAUGGACACAAGGACCAUAUAGAGGGCAUGUUAGAGGGCCGGCUAGGCUAUGUUGAAGACAAGCUGAAUGUUGCAAUUAAUCAAGAGGACGCUAAUGUUAGCAAAAAAGUGCCUAGCAGCAUAGAGGCACAAAUUGAGACAAAGCUAAAGGCUCUUGAAAAUCGUCUCUUGGCUGCUGUGGAAGAGCUCGGUAAUGUCACUUCACCAGCCUUGCUAGAGGGUCAGGCUGUACCCAUCCUGGAAUCUGAAGUAGAAUUACUCAGAAAAAAAGUGGAGGAGGAUUUGGAUCAUGUUCAGGAGCAGCUCAGAUCCAUUGAGGUCCACUGUACGUCAUCAUGUGUUCCACAACCUGUUCUUACAGGAUAUGCAGCUCCUUUGGCAACUGAGGAGGAAAGAGGUGAGGAGAUUCACAUGAAACUGGAUGGGAAACUUGAUUUACAAGCAGAGAGAUUGAACCGCCUCAACACCACCCUAUCUAAUCUUCUCAUCCAAUUGGCGGAGAAACAGGAAGAGGCUGGUCUUCAGGAUGAGGUGACCCUCCUGAAAGUCACUGUGAACUCUGUUAACAGAUCUCUCUGUGGCUUGCAAGAGUCACUUGGUUCUGUGAUCAAAGAGGUGGGCCACACCAACCUUACCUGGCAAGAGAGAGAAGAGAGGCUUGCGCAGCAGGUGAAGGGUGUGGUGCAGCUGGUGGGACAACAGGCAUCUAUGUUGGGCACUGGGGAACGAAGGUUGACCCAUCUGAAAGGGGAACUCCACAAUCUGCGGCGCAGAGUGUCCGGAGACCUCCAGGGUUGCCGCACCACUGCCUUAGGUGUCCAGAAGGAGGUGACUGAAGUCGGAGGUCGUGUUACCCGUGUAGAGGGCCAGUGUGGAGGCCUGGCACACCUAGCUGAAGACCUGGAGAAAAUUCGGGGAGAACUGGAGAGACACUCUGAUGGGUAUCUGUCUCAUGUUAAUAGCACCCUUCUUAACCAUUCUCACCAGCUGUCCGAGCUCAGAGAUAGUCUCCAAAACUGCACUGGACCAUCUGGGUUUACCAGGAUAGCAGGGGACAAUUUGUUAUCUACAACACAAAACAGGGCAGAACACCACACAACAGAACCAACCCAUCCAAGAAGAGACCAGUUUGCAGCCCCCACACAGGACAGAGGUGACUAGUAAUUCAAGUGAACUUUAGUAUGUGAAGCCAUACACCAACACAUAGUAGACAGUCUAGACUCAUAUAAAACAUAUACUGUUUGAUACUAUUAGUCACUCAGGACACCCUUCUCUUCUAACAACCAUCUGUCGUAUGUUCAGUGUUGUUGAAUUUCAAACUUUACA